GCAGGAAAGGACAAGGAAGCAUAUUAAAAGACUCUUCUCAGUGGCCAACACACUCUCUUUUCAUGCUGAUUGGUUCCUAGGAUGCUGGAGACAUAGGGACCCUGCUGGAGCAAAGAAGUAAGGGGUCUAAGCCGCCCCCGGACCCUACACCUCUGAUUGAAAACAAGGGCAGCUUUUUAGCCCCUACCCCUUCUCGGGACUUGCUGGGCUCUGGGCGCGGCGCCGCGGCAGGAACGGGCGGAGGGAGCUGAGCGAGGCAGAGCGGUUGGAGAGGCAGGCAGCAGCCGGCGGCGGCGGCGCGCCUCUGCCGCAGGAGAACUUUGCCUGGGACCGGCCAGCAGCAGCAGCAGCAGCAGCGCGGGGCGCCCGCGAUGCGCCGCUUCUCCGCGCAGGAGCCGAAGCACCCCGGGUGAGGCGAGGCGGCUGUCCGGCCGGCUGCAGGCUGUUCUCAUGGGGAGGCGGUGGGCCCAGCGGCGCAGCCCCCGAGCGCUCCCCACCGCCUUCUUUUUGCUGCCGCUGGUUCUAUACUGUGAUUCCUCAGGAGGCCUACGCUUCUCUGCUCUCCUGGAGAGAUACUGCGAAGAAUGGCCAUCCCAUCACAAUAUGACAGGUCCCUAUUGCAAUGCCACCACCGAUCAGAUCGGGACCUGCUGGCCAAAGACCAGCGCUGGGGAGCUGGUGGAGAGGCCUUGUCCGGAGUUUGUCAACGGAGUCAAGUACAACACCACGAGAAGUGUCUACCGAGAAUGCAUGGGCAAUGGGACCUGGGCCUCAAAGGUUAACUACUCCCAGUGUGAGCCUAUUCUGAUUGAAGAGACAAAGCCUGCACUCUAUUAUCAGGUUGCAAUGAUCAUCAAUUACCUGGGGCACUGCAUAUCUGUCGGGGCUCUCAUCAUCGCCUUCUUGCUGUUCCUGUGCUUGAGAAGUAUCCGAUGCCUUCGGAAUAUUAUCCACUGGAACCUGAUUACGACAUUCAUCCUGAGGAAUGUGAUGUGGUUUGUGCUCCAGAUGAUUGACCAUGACAUCCACGAAAGCAACGAGCUGUGGUGUCGCUGCAUCACGGCGAUAUUCAACUACUUUGUGGUGACCAAUUUCUUUUGGAUGUUUGUGGAAGGCUGCUACCUGCACACGGCAAUCGUGAUGACCUACUCGACAGACAAGCUGAGAAAAUGGGUUUUCCUCUUCAUAGGAUGGUGUAUCCCUUGCCCAAUUAUUAUUGCCUGGGCCGUGUGCAAGCUGCACUAUGAAAACGAACAAUGCUGGUUUGGAAAGGAAUCCGGGAAGUAUAUAGACUACAUCUAUCAAGGACCAGUGAUUCUUGUUCUGCUGAUAAACUUUGUAUUUCUGUUUAACAUAGUUAGGAUUUUAAUGACAAAACUGAGAGCUUCAACAACAUCAGAAACAAUACAGUACAGGAAGGCUGUCAAAGCAACGUUAGUCCUUCUGCCUCUUCUGGGGAUUACCUACAUGCUCUUCUUUGUUAACCCCGGGGAAGAUGAUAUCUCCCAGAUCUUUUUCAUCUACUUCAAUUCCUUCUUGCAAUCUUUUCAGGGUUUCUUUGUGUCUGUGUUUUACUGCUUCUUGAAUGGUGAGGUACGUUCUGCAGCCAGGAAAAGAUGGCAUCGCUGGCAGGACCACCACUCCCUGCGGGUGCGGGUCGCCCGGGCGAUGUCCAUCCCAACCUCCCCAACAAGGAUUAGCUUUCACAGUAUAAAACAGACUGCGGCCGUGUGACCGGGGCCACCUCCCACCAGCUGCCUGUGGAGUUCAGUUCUCUCUUGUCCUCUCUCCACCCCAUCCCCAAAAAUACUCUCUCUUCCCGAGUUCCUUUUUUUUUAACCACCACCCCCGUUCUAAUUUUCGCUACGAGGCAACUCUUGUGUGUCUUUGUGGAUAUCUUUCCGUUUCUGACUCGCUGCUGCUUUUGAGACAAGAAGGCCGAAAAGGAAAACAAGAUGUCACUGCAGAAAGAGGAGCAAAAUUACAGAAGACGAGUGUCAGCAAGAAAUCUUCCCACAUUCCCAAGACCUUAAAGACGUUGCUGCAAACAAUCCCCAAAACAGAACCGCUCCAUCUCUGCUAUCCAUCUCCUCUUCUGUUUCAUGAUUGCAGUUGGACUGUUCUACCAUGCUCCCCUUGAUGAGAUAUUCCCGGUGGUUUCAUAGUUGCCUUUUUCCUCCUUGCAUAAAGAGUUUCCCCCUGUAAUUCAACACUGCACAUCUACUCCUUUGCUCUAUCCGAGCACUAACCUCGAUCCAGAAUGAUGAUAUGAUAUUAUUUCCCAGCUGUAACAGAGGGCAUAUAUUCAUUUCAUGGAGACACUGAACUGCCACGUCGCGGAGAUUGGUUAAAUGAAGGGAAUUGUAUGGAGUUUUCUAAAGAUCUGUGCCUUUCCAAGGAAGUGUGCACAGGACUGCAGCCUAUUUUUUUUCAUCCACUACCAGCAAGCGACGGUUCUUCCCCUAGUUGUGAAUAGUCUUGAAGCCAUAGGCCACAUUCACACCACACAUUUAUUCCACUAUUAUUCCACUUCAGACAGUCAUGGCAUCCCCCAAAGAAUCUUGGGAGCUGUGGUUUGUGAAGGGUGCUGACAGUUGUUAGGAGACCCCUGUUCCCCUCACAGGGAUACAGUUCUCAGAGCAAUUUAACAGUCAGUUUCUCUUCUGAUAAAACUCUGGGAAUUGCAGCUCUGUGAGGCGGGGGGAGGAUUCUCUUAACAACUCUCAGCACCCUUCACAAAUGACACUUCCUAGGAUGCUUUGGGGGGAAGCCAUAACUGUUUAAAGUGGAAUAAUUGUGGAACAAAUGUAUGGUGUGAAUGUGGUCCUAGUCUUACAGCUCUAUGCCACUUUACAUGAGGAUGCCCCUCAACCUCUAAAGGUGUUUAAAACAACACACAUGAGCUCACAAUAGUGGCUGGGGACAAGGGUAUAAGAUUUGUGUUUCUGGGUCACUUAUGAUCCCACAGGCAAUGUCUACCACUUCAUCUUGAAGGCUUUCAUGCCGCCAGAUACCAUAUGUCAUUCAUAACAGGGACAGCUACGCAAUAUUACUGUUUUGAGUGCUCGGAGUUGGCAUUAUCCAUGCAACAGAAGCACUGCCUAGAAGACACAGAUCCAGAAAUCCCCUCCCCGGAUGCCAAUAACAGCUGUUCAUUUAUUGUACUCAGAUAAUAACCUGGGAAUCUCUCAUCCUUCAUGGUAGCCUUGCCACAUUCCCUUGCCAUCUGCAUGUGUUGCAAAAUACAGCCACAGUCGGUCCUAGCCCUCAAGAAUUUCACAUUUGUCUGUUGGCCCUUCAUGUACCUAUUUUCAUCAUUUGUGGAUCUUUGAUAGCCGGAAAGCAAAAGCAAAAAGAUCCAUCCUGAUUUGCACGUAUUUCCUCUCCUGGUCACCUGGAGGUGAAUCUCGCUUAGUGGUUUAAAAGUAUGUUCCAAUGUACAAUGGAACAUCCAAAAAGUGGAAAUGUGGGAAGCUUGAAAACUGCAUGUGGACCUUCUACAUUGUUCCUAGGGUCUUUAGAUCAGAAUUUGCCUUCCAAGCUACAUGUUGGUCCUGCUAGCAGUCAAAGCUUUGAAAUUAACAGUCUCUGUAGUACUUUUGGAGAUCUCUCUCUCCCCCAGAUUAUUUUUGCUUUUCCCUGGGAAGAGGACGAUUGAAAGAUGUCAUGGCUUCUUUUGAUGGGGGCUCAAAAAUAAGAUUUUUUUUAAAAAAGGGAAACUUUGUUCAAAAUGAUACAAAGAUUAUGAUGAUGAAGCUAUAAGGUUUGUGCUGCAUCAAGAGUUUCUAAUCGGCAUUGUGCAGUGCGGUCGACUAUCCUUGGGGGCUUUUUAUGUGACACUGAGAUAAUGUAAAUAUUUUCAAUA